AUGCCGACACCGCCGUCUGUCACCGUGCAGAAACCCAUCCCCAUUGCAACCAGGAGCUACUCGGGGUCCUCGCUAACACUCAUGAGGGAUGCAAAGGAGCGAGGAGACCAAGGCUUCGGAUCAACAGGACAACCAGAGUGGCUCACUACUCAGCCAGUGUGGGUUCCACAAUGGCCCCUAAAAGAGAAAUUAGAGGCCAUCAAAAUCCUGGUUCAAGAACAAUUGAUUCAAGGGCACAUAGAACUAUCCACAAGUCCGUGGAAUAGCCCAAUAUUCGUUAUAAAAAAGAAAUCUGAAAAGUGGAGAUUACUCCAUGACUUAAGAAAAAUUAAUGCUGUUAUGGAAAGCAUGGGUGCUUUACAGCCAGGUAUGCCAUCCCCUACAAUGAUACCUGUCUCUUGGGAUAUCCUGAUUGUGGACUUGAAAGACCGUCUCUUUACUAUUCCAUUACACCCAGAUGAUGCCCCAAAGUUUCCUUUUGCAGUGCUUUCCAUUAAUAACACUGCACCAGGGCAACGUUAUCAAUGGCGAGUGCUUCCGCAGGGCAUGCAAAAUAGUCCAGUGAUCUGUCAGGAGUACGUGGCUCAAACAGUCUCAUCAGUGAGAGAGCAAUUUCCAGGGGCAUAUUGCUACCAUUAUAUGGAUGAUAUUUUGGUAGCAACCCAGACAAAAGAAGAACUUACAGAAAUUAAGCCAAGCUUAUUAAAGGCACUGAAAACAUUUGGGCUGCAAAUAGCUCCUGAAAAGGUGCAGCAGCAAGCACCAUGGGAAUAUUUGGCACUAAAAAUCUUAGAUCAGACCAUACAACCACAAACUAUUCAAUUCUCAACAAAAAUUGAAACACUAAAUGAUGCACAGAAACUUUUGGGUUCUAUCAACUGGGUUAAACAGUAUUUAAGAUUAACUGAUUCACAAUUGGCACCAUUAUUCGACCUGUUAAAGGGCAAUCCAGAACUGACUUCACCAAGCAAGCUGAAUGCAAAAGCAAAGGCUGCUCUAGAAAUAGUAGAGCAGGCUAUAACAAAGAAACAAGUCCACCGGAUAUGCCCAGAGGUACACAUUGGGUACCUGCUAGAUGUGUUCGUCCUGCACGGAACCACAGACAACGUCCCCGUAAGAGCUCCUCGACGGACGUGGGGGAGCCAGAUGCAGAAGGACAGCACCCUCCCGAGAGCUCCUCGACAGAUGUGGAGGAGCAAAAUGCAGAAGGAUAAAUGGGACAAUCCACUCACCUACCUCACAGAGUUAUGA